AUGUCGACGCUCAAGUUUGAACCGGCGAAGACUCUGGCGUGCGGAGACAGUGGCAACGAUGAGCUGAUGUUUAGGAAUUCUGGUGGCCGCGGGGUGAUGGUGGCCAAUGCUCUGCCAGAGCUGGUGGAGGCUAUGACCGCAGCCGCAGACCCACCCACAAAGGAAUUGAGGAGAGGAGCCGAGUUUAAGACUUGCCACGGAAGCACCAUGCUGUUCGCAGGACGCGAGGUCGCUGGGGGCAUUGUCGAAGCUCUCCAGUACUUCUUUCCCUGA